GGCUGAGGAAGUAAUAAGAUGGCAACCGAGGCACCAAGUUGGGCUGAUCAAUGGGGUGCUGGUGGGUUUGGGGCAAUGGAAGAUGAUAGGACUAAAACCCAAAAUGAGAUGAGUAAGAGCAAGAAUUCAGGUGCUAAGGGUGGCUUUAGUAAAGCCAAAGCAACUGCCUCAAACUGUGUUAAAUGGUUAAAAAGCCUAUGCAAGAGAAAGACUACUACAUCUCAACAACUUGGUUAAUGGAAGAUAUUAUGUGUUCAUUUUUAAUUCAGCACUAUGGCACAUAUCUGUUUUCUAUUUUUUUUUUUUUUUUAUGGAUUAAAGGUGGUUUGAUUAGUUAGUCUUUGUUUCAGUAACGAAAAUUGAUUUUGAUUGUUUUUAUGAAAACGAUUUUAAUUGUGUUGAAUUCUUAAAGUAAUUUUACUUUUCUCAAA